CUCACACACGGCCGCUCCACCCAGUGCCUACACUUCCUGCGCCCCCGUGUGACGUCACGCUGGAAGAUGGCGCUGUCCUGUAGAAGCGGCGCGGCUGUAAAGAGAUAUUUGCUGCUCCUGGCCCAGGAGAACUGCGAGUUCAGGCUGCCGGAAAUUCACUCCCUUCUCUCACUUUAUGGCGGCAAUAUCAAUAAUAUUCAAGAAGACCAUGAAACGUCUCCUUUCUGUGUUCUUAAUAUCCCAAGUGAGGCCCUAGCAAGGAAAAUAAUGCAUCGCACUGUAUGUGCAAAGUCGCUCUUUGAGUUGUGGGGUCAUGGAAAAUGCCUGAACGAGCUCAAGCAAUCAAUCCAAAGCUAUCCUGUAGAAAAUAUGGUCCCCUAUCUUCAGCCCAAUUCCACAUACAAGAUCUGCAUCCAUAGCUUCAAUAAAACCUUGACACAGAAAGAAAAAGUUGCAAAGAUAGAUGCAAUGGAGUUCAUGCCAUUUAAAGGGAAAGUUAGUUUACAGAAUGCAGAACAUAUAUUGUACUUACUGGAGGAUUACGGAGCUAACCCAAAUACCGCCCCCAAAGAUCCCCUGAAGAUCUACUUUGGCCGGUGGAUUGCAGAUGGACAAAGAGAAUUAAUCAACUCCUACAGUGUGAAAAAGAGGCAUUUUAUUGGGAACACAAGCAUGGAUGCUGGGCUUUCCUUCAUCAUGGCAAACCAUGCAAAAGUAAAACCCAACGAUCUAGUGUUCGAUCCUUUUGUAGGCACCGGGGGUCUUUUGGUACCAUGUGCCCACUUUGGGGCUUAUGUGUGCGGCACUGAGAUUGACUACAACACAGUCCAUGGACGAGGUAAAGCCACUCGAAUGAACCAGAAGUGGAGAGGGCCAGAUGAGAACAUAAGGGCCAAUUUACGCCAGUAUGGGUUGGAGAAAUACUAUCUUGAUGUCCUAGUGUCUGAUGCAUCCAAACCUAUCUGGAGAAAAGGGCCGUUGUUUGAUGCAAUCAUUACAGACCCCCCAUAUGGCAUUCGGGAGUCAACUAGAAAGACCGGCACGCAGAAAGAAGUUAUAAAGACAGACCAAUUUCCAGAAAGUCAUGUGCCUGUCCAGCUAACCUACCACUUAAGUGAUAUCUUUUUGGACCUGUUGAACUUUGCGGCUGAGUUUCUAGUUGUAGGAGGGAGGUUGGUCUACUGGCUACCUGUGUACAAGCCAGAAUAUACAGAGGAGGUUAUACCCCGGCACCCGUGCCUGAAACUUAUUAGCAACUGUGAACAGAUGCUUUCCAGCCACACGUCUCGGCGCCUGAUAACAAUGGAAAAGGUGAAAGAGUUUGAGGACAAGGACCAAUAUGCCCAUUUGGAAGAUGGGCAGUAUUCACAGUAUCAAGGUCACAACUCCUUCCGCGAGAAGUAUUUUAGCGGCUUAACAAAGAGAAUUGCGAGAGAAGAGCGAGCCAGGGCUGAAGGGCAGAACUGUUGCGAUUUUGGGGCGCAACAGGGUGUCUGACGUCAAGAGUUUGACGGUCUCGGGCAAGGUACUUGGGAGCCACACAGUGAGGUUACAUGCUUCACUCCGUUCUGAUGAGGAUCCCCAGGAUUGGUGGAAAUAAGCAUGUUUGCUGUAUGUUAUACAUAUGAGUACAGACUGUCGAAAGAAUGCAACAGCGUGGCUGACAUUGUUUGCCAAGGGCUCCUGUUACUUGUCACCUGCUUUUGACCUGGUGUCAGCCAACCACCAUGCAGGGUUAUGAAGGGGUUAAGCUAAUAUCGAACGGUUUCAUAUUCAUUUGGAGGACUGCAAGGUCUCUGGUUUACAUUCUGGUAUUUUAUUGUAUAUAAACCUGCGCUCUGUAUUUAUAGUCUUUUUAAUGGGAAUUAGCACCGCUAAGUGGCCACAGAGCUGGAGCUCACUGGCUGCCGCGUCUGUCUUUCACAGAAGGAAGUUGCAUGUUUGCUUUUCAGUCUCCAACCUCUGGAAUUCGUUCUUCACAUGUAAGGGUGAUGAAGUGUCCCUCAUUAGGGAGAUUGCCUUCAUUUGUUAUUGUUUGUAAUUGAUCCGCAUUAAACGCACACAAUCUCGCUUUGUCUAGUUACAACAGCGUUGCAUGCAAUGGUCCUUUUGUGGUUUGUUAUGGGUCUGACCCUGGCCAGUUACGUUAAGCCCAGAGGACUCGACUGAGGCUUUGGAAGGCGAUGGCAUUCUGUUGAGCCUGUCCACAUCUGAAGCUCAUCUGUUCUUUCUCAUUUGUUUUUACAUUCCUACAGUCCGGCUCUCUCUUAAGACAACUGAAUUUAUGUUGUUGUUUUUUCUUCCUUUUAUUACUCACAACCUAAAAGACUUUUUUUUGUGGAGCCAUAACAAAUAGGCGUGUGACUCCUCUUGCGUCUGCACUGAGAUGUUCUCGUUUGAAAUUGAAGCUGUGUUUAGACUUUUAUGUUUCUUUAUUUUUGUUGGGUGUAACACUUUGCUGAUUCUACCUUGUCACCCUUGGGAAGACAACUGUAAAGAUGAAUCACUAAUACAUGUGGUCAGCAAGACCUUUCUCCUUCCACACUCAAGCCGGAGGUGAAAAGGACGUGAAGAACUCCAGCACCAACCGCUAUUGCACCGUGUACUGAUGAUGUAUUCUGUGCAAGCAUGGGAAAAAGGAAGUAAAUGGCACAUGGAAUGAAGUGUUCCUGGAAACCAGACCAUUCAUCAAGUAACCGCCUAUUUCUUUGGGAGCUGUCUGCUUCAAUAUUUAUCAUUGGACUUUUAUAUGGAUUUUUACAUGGGACUGCCUGGUAUUUCUGUCCAUUUUUAAACUGAAUCUCAUCUCAAAGUUUGAUGUAAAUAAAGUACAUUGCUAUUGGUUGAA